GCAGGUGCCCCCUGAGGUGUUGACAUGAGACGAGCAGCUGACACUGACGCAGGCGACGCUCCCUCUGGCCCCUCGUCUCUCUCUUCUUUCAGCCUUAUACUGCUCUUCACCCAGCCAACAUGUUCAAGAAACCCAACCCUAAAGAUCAGAUGAGGGCUAAUGACAGACAGCUGCGCAAAGCUGGUCGAGAUGUGGAACGAGAUCGACGUGAAUUGGAGAGAGAAGAGAAAAAAUUGGAAAAUGACAUCAAGAGAUUAGCAAAGUCACCAGGCAACAAGGAGGCCAUUGCACUAUUGGCCAAGCAGCUAGUUAACAUUAGAAAGCAAAAGACAAGAACAUAUGCUGCAAACAGUAGGAUAUCAUCAGUUGCAGCUCAGCAAAAAUCAUUGCAGGCUAAUGUCAAGCUUGCCGGUGCCAUGGGCACUGCCACAAAAACUAUGGUUAACAUGAACCAAAUCAUGAAACCAGAGGAUGUUGCCAAGACUAUGAGGGAUUUUGAGCAGGCCUCUGCUAAGUUGAACAUGGGUGAGGAAAUCAUGAAUGACACCCUCGAUGACAUCCUAAAUGAGAGUGGAGAUGAGGAAGAAAGUGAUGCAAUUGUUAACCAAGUCCUGGAUGAAAUUGGCAUUGAAAUUGGUACUAAGGUGGCAGGAGCACCCAUGGCCCGGACAGAUCGCCUGGGAGAGACGAGUCGAGCUCACGUUAUGACAGAUCAAGAGCUUGAAGACUCUCUGGCCAAGCUCAGGGCAACAUAGAUUAAGUGUUCUGUUAAAUUAUUAAUAUUGAAAUUGCAGCUUUCUAUACAUUAUUGCUAAUGAGAGAGCAUUUAAUAUGUACUUUAUGGAAUUUAGUGAGCAUGAAUUUAUAACGAUUAAAUGUGUGUACAGUACAGCAAUUAUGGGCUGAGUAAAUUUCAGAGGAAAGGAUAAUAUUACUUAAGAAAUGUUUUGUAUUCUCUGCAUUUUAGAAAAUAGAUUUCAGAUUAUUUUAGCUUGCGAAACUAUAUUUAGUGCACCCGUUUUCUCCAAGUUCACCGGUAAAGUGGUAGAGCUAAUAACUACACAGUACGGUGUAUAUCCACUAUUAACUUCUUCUUGUCUGUAUUAUGUGUAUAAAAUAAGAACAAAAAUAUGGUUUGUAUGAAUCUUUAAAAAAAAUUGAAAUUUUUUACGUAAAUAAAUACAUGACAGACUCAACCCCUGUGAAGGACUCAAACCUUGGAAUGCCAGAUGUUCGCACCAUUGACACAGCCAGUACUCUAGACCCCUACACCAUAAACAGUACAUAAACGAUCUGCCAGAUGGAAUGCAGAAUUAUAUGUACAUGUUUGCAGAUAAGAUAAGAUAAUAGGGAAGAUCAUUAACUUAGAUGAUUGUCAUGCCCUUCAAGAA